CAGGUGAUGCCACGGUGAUGGUAGCUCACAGAUACACCCCCAGAGAGCAACUGAAGCUCCGUGCUUGGCUAGCAGACAUCAUAUCAUAGUGGCUGCAGUUUGGAGUAGUGUCCAUGUGAUGUGCUAAGGACUGAAACCAAUACUUACUGGGUGACCUUGGUCCAGCCAUCCCAUCCCUGAACCUCAGUCUCCCCCCGGACAUGGUGGAAGAACUGUGAUAACCUUUCACACAGGCAUGCUGGGCCAGUCCACAAAACCAUGUGCUGGAACAAGCUCAGUCCCUCACAUACUGCUUUCUCAAGUUGAUCACAUCGACACAGUUAAAGAAGGUACUGCUGUCAGUGAUGGGAUGUCCACUAUGUCCAAGACCCCAGGACAGGAAAGAAAAUCAGUUGCAGAUGUGGACUUUGACAGAAGAACCCACAUAUCCUGGUAACAGGAAACCAGCAUUUCAAAAGGAAACUUGAUCGCAUCUGUAGAUAUCACAGGGAUCCUACACCAGUGCGUGAGCGCCCGGAGGCUUCAGGCUGCUGCCAGAAGUACAUAUUUUUUUGAUUGGUAAGAACUGCCAGGUGACGCUUCAUGAAAUAUAAAUGGAAGAAAGACUCAGAGAGCGCAAUAAACCCUCCACCCAUCAGUCAGUCCAGGAAGACCAGAGAAGGAAGUUUAGCAAGUACAAGAUAUGGCUUGGAGAGUUCCAGUGUCAGUCUAUCUUUUAUUCAAAGCUGUGACAGUGACCACACUGACUGAAGCUGUGGGGACUACGAUGCCUCCACGCAGAGCCCAGCAAAGUAAUUGGACAGUUAACAAAACUGAAGCUGACUACAUGGAAGGACCCGUGGCCCUGAGGUUCUCCCACCCUUGCCUGGAAGACCAUAAUAGUUACUGCAUUAAUGGCGUGUGUGCAUUUCACCACGAGCUAGAGAAAGCCAUCUGCAGAUGUUUUACUGGUUACACUGGAGAAAGGUGUGAGCACUUGACCUUAACUUCAUAUGCUGCAGACUCUUAUGAAAAAUAUGUUGCCAUUGGCAUUGGCGUUGGAUUGCUAACAAGUGCUUUUCUUGCUGUCUUUUACUGCUAUGUCAGAAAGAGGUAUCUGAACCCGAAAUCUCCUUACAACAUCUAUUCUCAAGGGAGACCUCUGUGAGGCCUUCUAAGGCACUUGUGCGUCAUCUGUUCAAACCAACAGGACCCCAAAUUGAGAUCUUUAGAUGAAACAAAAAGUACCAAGCUAUGACACUUGAAAAUAAUUGCAGUCGGAUUCACAAUAAAAUAAGAAGGUAAAGCUCCACGCUGGUCUUUAGACAUGUCCAUCUUCGGAGACCACAGACACUGAAUGAACAGAUGAGCAAUGGCAGCAACCCAGUGUGUGGCCCUCCUCUGCGUUUGUGGCUGGGUAGUUAUUGUCAUCGCUGCAGAAGUGUUUCAUGCCUAUGCCUACCUCAGACGUGAAUUUUCAUCUCAGCUCUCGACCUUGGAACAAACCCCAGCCAUGCUGAGCUUAGUUCUUCUUGGGCUCUUUGUCUACGGGUCCACACCACACACCCAGCUCCAAACAUUCUGUCCUCAUGCUGUUUGAGAGAAUUGGGUGUCGCGAGCCAAACUUGUCUGAAGUCUAAGCCACUGAAAGACAAUGGAACGUCCAAGGCAAGCACAAGUCAUCUGAGCUUGUGACAACACGACGCCACCCUUGUCAGUGGCAUGCAGAAUCACCUAGAGUGUCUGCAGCGUGGAAGCCCUCGGGACAUCAAGUGCAGAGUAAGCAAAGCCUCUCUGCUUCCAGACGGAUUAUGCCUGUGUGCUGGCUUCCUUUGUCCCCUGAGGCUUUUGUGCAUCACUUUGUCCUAUCAUUCAUAGGAGCACCUGGUGUCCAUCCUUGUGGGACUGAAAUCUGAGGAUUCUUUUGACUACUGAAUGUCUACGGUUGGUCCUGAGAUUGAACCCGAAGACUAGAUAUAGGAGCAACAGCACCCGGAAACUUCCAUUCCUGAACACUUGCUAACAGAUUUGCACAUGGAGUAAGUGGAGUGAUGGGAGGAAUAGCUACUGAGAAUCAGGAGCUUUCCUGUUCAAUUAUGUUUCUGCCACAUAAUUAAAACUGUUUGGACCAAUCUCUUAAUUUCUUUGGGCUUUGGCUGCAUUAUCUACAAGGCCCCUUUAGCUUUAAAAUUAGGCAGUGGUAGAAGAAGAAGAAGAGAAAACUAUGUCUGCACUGAAAAUGAGAUUAUCCUCAAUUCUUCUAUCACCAACCCUGUCUCCAACCUCCAAACAUACCACUUAUAAUUCUAUGUAUAUUUCAAUGUUCAGUUUGUAAAAUAAUAAUUUAUUUUUAAAAGAACUAUAAAUGAAAUGUAAAAACUAA